AUGAGCGCAUCAAACCCGCCAAAAGAUGGCGCCGGAGCCGUCAAUCGCACAUCCAAACCCGUGGAGAUCGCACCCAAGCCCAGUCCCAGACUUGAAGCUGCUCCAGCUCCCACCUCCGCGCCGGCUCCCCAGCAACCUGCCGCCACAGAUUCGACAGCACCGGUAGCGGCGCCAGCAUGGAGGACUUCUGGUCCAUCUCUUCCAGAUAGUAUGCCUACAUUCAACGAGUACUCACCUGCGACUGCGGAGAUAUUGAAUCGACUGCGCUCGAACCCUGGCGCUUCACUCGGAACCCUUGCUUUUGAGGCCAAGAGAGCAGAGGUGUUGCAAAGUUAUGUGACGAGUGACAAAUUACCGACACCGCCGCCGAUCGCAAACAAUGCGCGCAGAGGAAGAGGUGGGAGAAUAGGGACGCCCAGUCAGUUGAAGAAGGAUGUGUCUGCAAGCCCAGCGACAGCUCCUACACCGACAGCUGUGAGAGGAAGUGGACGGGGGAGGGGACGAGGUCGAGGUAGACGUGGUGGGCGUGGUGGGAAACGGAAGCGAUCUGAGAGUGCGGAUGAUAGUGAUAACGACUCCGAUAUCUCUUCGUCAUAUACACCGCUUCCUACGCAGACAAAGUCUGGCCGUAACGUGAACAAACCCGUCGCCUUUGUGCCCACUCUCCCAGAACCAUCACCAGCCGUGAAGCGACGACGAUCGACGAAAACGAUCCUUGCGGCGCAGUGCAAGGUGUGCCAUAGAGGCACCGACCCGGGCAAUAACCGCAUCGUCUUCUGUGAUGUAUGUACCACUGCAUACCAUCAGUACUGCCACAACCCACCGAUCGAGAACGAAGUCGUGAACGUUCUGGAGAAGGAAUGGUUAUGUGGACCAUGUCAGCGUUCAAAACAGAACGUGGUGGAGGGAACAGAAGACCUGGUUAGCGGAGAAGGCCUGUCCAUAGACGAGAAAAAAGCAUAUCUUUCCACACUAUCACAACCACAACUUCUAUCCCUUGUAUUGCACGCUACAAUACGCCAUCCAGAACUUCCCAUCUUCCCAAGUAACAUCGAAACUCUCAUAACGAAACUACCGAAAGUCACGAAUGUGUCAAGCACGAACGCCGCAAUGACAAAACCAGACCAACAAGCGCCGUCAGUAUCUCGAUACAUACAGCAACCCAACACCAGCACCACGCCCGCAGCAAAUCCAACGCAAAACGGCCUCCCUACACCCUCGAAACCCAACAACAACAACAACUCCCGCCCGCCCCCUCCCUCAAACUCUCAAAACUCGACAUCCCCAGACCUGGACCCCGCAGAAGCCCAACUCCUCGGCGAAAUCCCCAACCAACCCAAAUCCGCAGCACCAGCACCAAAACCCACAAUCCCCCUACCCUGGUCCGGAGCCCCCAAGCCACUCCCCGCCACAACCGUAGACAACGCGCACCUCUUCACGCUCCCCAAAACCCCCACCAACGAAGAGGAAGACUACGAAGAAGACGACGACCCGCCCGCGCACUACCCGAAACCCGGGAAUGGCCUCGCAAGGACGAUGCGGCCCGAGAGCGAGGACCUGCAGUGGCUCGUCGACGACAACUUCGAGGUCUUUAGUCACCACCACCACACGCCGUUCAAGAUCGGCGACGAUGACGACGUCGACGACGAGAUCGACGUCGAUGGCAUGUGA